CCACCGCCGCCCGCCGCUGCAUCCUCCCUCUGCCACCUCUCGCCGCUGUCGCACAGUCCCUCCCUCUCUGUCGCCGCCGCAAAGCCCCUCCCAAGCUUUGGCUCGGGCUAUGUUAAUCGAGCUCGAGCCUAAUUUCAGAUUUGCCGCCGGAAUUUGUUUGGCGAUAUUCUCGGCUGCAAGAACCUUCUUUGGGAUUUCAAUCCUUGGAGAUACUAAGCAAGUGUGGUGUUGUGAUCAUGGAUAACUCCGAUCCAAACCAGGAGUGCAACAAGAUUGAUUGAUUAUCCGCCUCAAGGUUUCCUGCCCAAAUGGUGGUCGGUCUUCUGGGCGGCAUUCACUUCUACGGCAGAAGAAAUUCCUUAGAGACCACCGAAGGAUCCUCUGAUCAGAGUAACCCUGACGCGAAUCAAUGGAGGUCUUUAAUAGCGUUUGCUAGCGAGUAUCUCAGAAUGCUGUGUGAUGAGAAACAUGCUUUGGGAAUGCCAUCUUGAAGCCAUGCUUAUGCUGGGUGCUUCUGGAACUAAAACUAUUGGGGUUUAGGGUUUAUCGAUUAAUACUAAAAUUGCAGUAAUUCUGGUUCUUACUAUUUGGGUUUAGGGUUUAUCGAUUAAUACUAAAAUCACAGUAAUUCUGGUUCUUACUAUUUGGGUUUAGGGUUUAUCGAUUAAUACUAAAAUCACAGUAAUUCUGGUUCUUUGGAAGAGAGUAUAAGAUUGAGAAUUAACCAAAGUUGAACAUUGUUCUGGUUGGGAUGGGGAGACACUAGUAAGAUUCCAAAGAUCUUUUUUUGUGAGGAUAGAAUGAAAAGUACGGAUUACACUAGGGCUGUGAAACCUCAGACUAUUAAGAUGACCUUGGAACUGUGUUGAGGCUGUUACAUGUUUGAUUGUUAGUAUUUUUGUUUGUUAAUUUUUUUAUAUUUGGUAAGGGGCGGGGGGUUGUAUUGAUUCAUUGUUUAUGUCGUUUCAUGCAUUGCAGCCCCUCCAAGCAGCAAACUCCUGAUGAUGCUCAAUAGUAGACUACAACAGUAUUGAUUCAUUUUUGCAGAAGCUCUAGCGCCAAGUCAUGUUGCAUUCGCAUUAAUUGAAGAUUAAUAAUUUUAUCCAUGUUACAGGGUGCACUCGGUGGUGCUAAUUUGGGGGGAACAAGCUUUGUGGGCUCAAUGUUCUCUGGAUUUCAAAGCACGUCACCAGAAGCAGGAGUUGUUGGGGCUAGAAAUAGUGUCAAUUCAAUCUCGCUACAACGAUGCCCUUUGACUAGAGUGGAAAUUCCCCCUUCAAUGAGGUUCCCAGCACCAAAUUCCCUAUCACCAAUAUCACAUUCACAACAACAAUUUCAGACAUCAAUGCCUCAUCAGGAAUUCCUCAGACCACCGAAGGACCCUCCGAUCAGCCCCUCCCAGCAACAAAUUCCUGAUGAUGCUCAACAGCAGACUGCAACGGGUGCACUCGGUGGUGUUAAUUUGGGGGGAACAAGCUUUGUGGGCUCAAUGUUCUCUUGAUUUCAAAGCAUGUUAAUGGAAGCAGGAGUUGUUGGUGCGGGUUUGUUUGUAUUUUUGAGUCAUUCUCUAGUGAAAUUUGGUGCUUGGCCUAGCCUAUUAACAAACAAUCCAAGGGUGUGUUUGAUUUGGGGUGGUAAGUGGGGCAGAAUUCCAAUUUUAUGGAAUUCCAAUUCUCACCCCACCCCCUAGGAAUUCUAAUUUCUUGAUUUCAAGGAAAAUCUUCACUUUUUGAACUAAAAUAGAAUUUGAAUUUCAUGGAAAAAAAAAAUGUUUGAUGGAAUUUUUUAGAAUUUGGAUGGAAAUUGAAUUCCACACCCAUUUUCUACCCUUAUCAAACGCACUCUAAUGUCUCUUUCUACAAGAAAAGGAAAGAAAAGUGCUGAUUAUGCAGCAUCAAACGACACCGUCCCUCUUAGCUGGUUGGAGGGUCAUGUGCUGCAACCGCAGCUGGCCAAUUGGCAGCUGCUGGAUGGCGGCACGUGGCAACCAUCAGCAGUCUCAAUCAGCGCCCGCUUGAUCUCUCUCCUGCUCGAUCCUAAUCUCUGCUAUUUCUGUUGGAAUAAUCAAUCAUGCUUGCACGAUUGAAUCUCAGCUACCCCUCAGUGCUUUAUGAGGAUCAAUCCUAGCUAUUCUUUGCUGCUUUUAAUCUUGUCUUGGGAUGUGUUCAGAUGAGACGAAAGAUCGAGAAAAAGGUGAGAAGAAGGAGAAGGAUCAGUCGGGUAUUCGGUGGUUGGCUCUCGCCCUCGGGCUAGGGUUUUUUCUAGUUUGCUCUUUGUUUCUUUUCUUCUGUAAAUGCUUUGUAUAGAGCAUGUUUAUAGGGUUCGAUUAGGUUGCCUUUUAAUCUGUAUUAAGUGAUUUUAGGGCAAGUUUUGUUUCAUCGAACUAUUGUAUGUAUAGAGUGAUCGGGAGGUUUUAUAUGUGUGUGUAAUCUUUGGUUUUUCUCAUAGUUCAGUGAGCUCUCCUCACUAGAGCUCAACGUGGACGUAGUCUCGAUUUUGAGGUGAACCACAGUAAAAUCUCUUGUGUCU